UAGAAUGCAGAUGAGCAAAGUGAGUGGGCGAGGGAAGUCAUUUGUAACAAAAACUCAUUAUUUACAGAUGAGAAAUUUAUAUUGUCAGCGUAAUAUCUGUGAGGCUAAACAGAGCUGGAGAGUAUAUAAAAGCAGUGCGCCUUGGUGCAGAAGUGCAGAGCUUAGGACACAGAGCACAUCAAAAGUUCCCAAAGAGGGCUUGCUCUCUCUUCACCUGCUCUGUUCUACAGCACACUACCGGAAGACAGCAGAAAUGAAAAGCAUUUACUUUGUGGCUGGAUUGUUUGUAAUGCUGGUACAAGGCAGCUGGCAACGUUCCCUUCAAGACACAGAGGAGAAAUCCAGAUCAUUCUCAGCUUCCCAGGCAGACCCACUCAGUGAUCCUGAUCAGAUGAAUGAGGACAAGCGCCAUUCACAGGGCACAUUCACCAGUGACUACAGCAAGUAUCUGGACUCCAGGCGUGCCCAAGAUUUUGUGCAGUGGUUGAUGAAUACCAAGAGGAACAGGAAUAACAUUGCCAAACGUCACGAUGAAUUUGAGAGACAUGCUGAAGGGACCUUUACCAGUGAUGUAAGUUCUUAUUUGGAAGGCCAAGCUGCCAAGGAAUUCAUUGCUUGGCUGGUGAAAGGCCGAGGAAGGCGAGAUUUCCCAGAAGAGGUCGCCAUUGUUGAAGAACUUGGCCGCAGACAUGCUGAUGGUUCUUUCUCUGAUGAGAUGAACACCAUUCUUGAUAAUCUUGCCGCCAGGGACUUCAUAAACUGGUUGAUUCAGACCAAAAUCACUGACAGGAAAUAACUGUACCACUAUUCAAGAUCAUCUUCACAACAUCACCUGCUAGUCAUGAGGGAUGUGUGAAAUGUUAGAGGUGUAUUCUGAGGCCAUAUUGCUUUGCAUGCCAAUAAAUAAAUUUUCUUUUAGUGUUGUGUAGCCAAAAAUUACAAAUGGAAUAAAGUUUUGUCAAAAUAUUGCUAAAAUAUCAGCUUUAAAAUAUGAAAGUGCUAGAUUCUGUUAUUUUCUUCUUAUUUUGGAUGAAGUACCCCAACCUGUUUACAUUCAGUGAUAAAAAUAUUUUUCUAUGAUAUAAUUUGUAAAUGUAAAUUAUUCCAAUCAUGACAUAUCUGCAUUAUAAUAAUAGGAGAAGAGAAGAACUGGUAGCCACAGUGGUGAAACUGGAAAGAGAACUUUCUUAUUGAAACCUUUGUCUUAAAAAUACUCAGCUUUCAAUGUAUCAAAGAUACAAUUAAAUAAAAUUUUCAAGCUUC